AUGGUGUACCUGGCCCCCGAGCGCGUCAAGACGCUCGUGGAGAAGGUGCGCCGUCAGGGUGUCCUCUACUUCCCAAUCUUCGUCAUGAAGCAUUGGAUCGCCGGUGUGCUGACCACAUACGACUCCGCGCCGUCCCCCGUGGUGGAGGAGAAGUUGCGCUCCGUGUUUGCGCGCGUGUGGCCGGGCCUGCGGAUGGUCAAGGGUCAGUGCCCGCGGCAGGAGCGCUACAGCGACGACUGCGGUCUGUACAUGACCGCCAACUUCUUCCUCCACCACCUGCAAGCGCGGCUCGUCGACCGCCGCGACUUGCCACGGUGCCUUCGCCGCCUGCUGUACGCGGCGAAGAAGCACAACCCGCCGGUCGAGUACUUCCACGAGAAGAUGCGGAAGGUGCUCACCAGCCACCCCGUGUCGCGCUGCGAUCGUUUCUACGAUGAGAUCGAGCGCGCGCCGUGGAAGCGGGAGACGAGGAGCUGGGCACAGCGGGUCGCGGGCCCGGCUGUGCACACGGGCGGCGCUGCGCCGAGGAAGGCGCCGGCGAGACGCCAGGCUGCGAGGCGGACGGCAUCCGCGGCAGCCCCAGCAGCACGGCGGGCGAGGGCGGAGACGGCGCGCACACAGACCGCGCGCGCGCGUCAGCCCACAGCCGCCACCACAGCACGCGCGCGACAGAGCGCGACCACGCCGAGAGCGGCGGUGCAGCGAGGCGCCCGCCGAUCGGACGUGACGAACCCGCCGCCGACACCCCAGAGGCCGCCUGCGAGGCGCCCUACGCGUGCGGAGAGAGAGGCGGAGGACGAGGCAGUGCUGCGCCGCUUGGAGGCGGCGCCCGUGCAGCAGCCCGAAACAGUGCCCGCGAGAGUGCAACGGACCCGACGCGAACGUAGCGUGGGUGACGCACCGGGGCGACCCGUGGCCGGGUGGGCCGACGAGACCUUGGCGAAGGCGAACCGAUCCGCCCGCAAGGUGUACGAGGGGGUGAUUGACCACCUCUGGGCGGCGACCGCGCUGGCGAUGUGCGGCGACGGUGUGCCGCGGGGCCUUGGCGACUCGGCCCUCAACAUGCAGCGGAUGCGCCACGGAUUGCGCGAGCUGCAGCCCUACAGCGUGCAGGAGAUGUUGAAGCUCCUGCACAAGCGGGUACACGUGCUGGACCGCGCGGGUGCGACCCCCGGUCAGAACAGCAACAGCAGCAGCCGGAGCGGCAGCAGCAGCAGCAGCAGCGAGGCCGGAGACUCCGAGGGAGACGCCGGCGAAGGAGGCUUUGUGUUCCGUCCGGAGGACGGAGGAGCGGCGACGCGCGAUUUGGGGCCUGGGGUAGACGAGUGCUACCUGGUCCGCGGCGCGCGACUGGGACGACUGCCGAGCCAGGUGGGCCGGUACGAGUUUGUGCUUGGCGCGCGGCUGACGCAGGCGCCACGGGACAUGGACGGGGUGCGGUACCCCAGCUACUACGAGCUGACGCGUAGCGCCGAGGAGGCAACGGUGGGGGCAUACAUCCGGCAUGGUAUGACCCACUAUCGCCUGGCCAACGCGCACCGCGUGUCCCGAAACGCCGAGCGCUACGUCCCCGUCCCACGCAGCGCGCAGCAGCGCGAAGAGGAGAACGACGUCCCCGAUGAGGAAGGGGACGUGCGUAACCUGGAAGCGCAGCCGCUGUCUCCGCUGCGUCGCCGCGAGCACUGGCCGGGCGACGGCGCCGAGGGCGCCACACGAGAGGGACCUGCCCGCGAGGCGGACGGGUAUGCCGACAUGGAUGGCAACAUCUCGGCAGAGGCGACACGUGCCCUGGAGGACCUACGAGCCGCUCCUUUAAACAUGCAGGGCAGGCCUCUCACGGGCACCGAGGAGGCCGAGGCCUGCCCGCGAAACUGGUUCCUCUUCUCCACGAAGCCGCCGCAUGUGUCGCAGCUGGCGUGGAACGCGGUGCGGCCCGACACGCGGGAGCACCACCUGCGGUGGCUGGCUCGCAUCAAGGCGAUGUCGAGCGAGCGGCUCCGCAUGAGUCUGCCGUGCGCCUGCAUCGACCUCAUCAUGGCGACGGCACGGGCGCGUCGGUGGAAGUGGGCCACGACGUCCAAGGCGUUUGCUGGGGUGGCGGGUGCGCUGCGCGACCUGCCCCUCUACUCGACGCAGCGGCGCGGCAUCCGGCUGCAGGACGACCCGGAGUGGCGCAGCGCGUUUGGCUCGGUGCAGCGCUACAUGCGCGAGUCGGUGCCGGACGCACCACCCUUCCUCACGCUGCAGCAGGUGAGGAGCGUGCUGGAUCGGCUGCGGCUGCCGCACCCGCGCGCGGCGCUCUUCCUGGCCAUGAUGUGGGGCUUUGCGGCGCGCGCGUGCGACAUUGCGACGCUGCGCGCGAAGGACGUGACGGUGUUCCCGUCCAACGGGCCGCCGCCACAGCCGGAGGGUGCGCCGCCGCUGUCGAUGCGCCAGCGCAAGGCCGCGGACCCGGGGCUGCGGGUGACGAUCACGGUGCGGCGGGGCAAGGGCGCGAAGAAGCGCGGCCCGUACCCGGUGCCGUCCGUGCUGACACGGGAGAUGGGCGCGGUCCUGCAGGAGCUGCUGGUCCAGCGCCGCCCGUCGGAGGAGCUGUUCGCGCCACACACGGAACAGCUGCGGCGUCUCGUUGCCAGCGAGCUGGGGCGAGUGUUGAAGGGGGCGCAGCUGCCCUCUGUCCGCAAGGGUGCACUGCGGUGCAUGGCGGAAGCGGGGGUCCCGUCGCGGGACCUCAUGGUAAUCUCCGGGCAUGCGAAGCCCACCACUCUGUUGCGCUAUCUUGGGUAUGGCCAGCAGCCUACGGCGGAGGCAGAAGCCGCGCGGGCCGGCGCCAGCCGGGCGCUAUUCCCGACCCCCUAG